CCAUGGCAGCAGAGCCGCUUCCUUGAAGUCCCGCCCCUGUUGCCAUGGCAGCGAGGACGCUCCGCGCAGGCCACGCUCCCGUUGCUAUGGCAGCGAGGACGCUCCGCGCAGGCCCCGCCCCCGUUGCCAUGGCAGCGAGGACGCUCCGCGCAGGCCCCGCCCCCGUUGCCAUGGCAGCGAGGACGCCGAGGCCGGGCCCUGAUGGCGGCCGAGCGGCCGGAGCCGGGUCCGGACGAGUCGCUGGUGUCCCUGUACCGCUGGCUGGACACGGUGCCACUGUCGCGGCCGCGCAAGAACAUCGCCCGCGACUUCAGCGACGGGGUGCUGGCGGCCGAGGUGGUGAAGUUCUUCUUCCCCUCGCUGGUGGAGCUGCACAGCUUUGUCCCCACCAGCUCCACGGCGCAGAAAGUCGCCAACUGGGGCCACCUCAACAGGAAAGUGCUGAGCAAGCUCAACCUGCGGCUCCCGGAUGAGAUGAUCCAGGCGCUGGAUCUCCCUGUGCCGCCCCAUGUCCCCCUCUGUGUCCCCCUGUGUCCCUCUGUGUCCCUCUGCCACCUCCCCCCGGGUGUUCCCUCGAUCCCAAAUUUCAGGAAAGUGCUGAGCAAGCUCAACCUGCGGCUCCCGGAUGAGAUGAUCCAGGCGCUGGUGCGGAGCCGGCCGGGAACGGCCGAGCAGCUCCUGCAGCUCCUGAGGGCCAAAAUCCUCCAGAGGCAGAGGAACGGCAAGGGAGGGGUCGGGAAGCCGCCAGCGGAGCCGGCAGCGCUGGACGAGGGGGGGUACCUGGACACAGGCCAGCCCACGCUCCGGCGCGAUUUGGGAAGGGGCUUCAGCCCAGAGGGCGCUGCCAGGGCGGUGACAGUGGCAGUGCCAUCGCAGCCGGGGGGUGGCCCUGGGGACAUGCGACAGCAGCUGGCGGACCGCGAGCGGGCGCUGCAGCUGGCGCGGGACACGAUCCAGAUCCUGCAGGCCAAGGUGGCGCGGCUGGAGCAGCUCCUGCUCCUCAAGAACCUCCGCAUCGACGACCUGAGCCGGCGGCUGCAGCAGCCCCAGGGCCCCCCCCGCCGCUGACAGGCGACAGCGACACCGCCGCUGGCAGGCGACAGCGACACCGCCGCCGCCGCGCGGUGGCACCGCCGUGGUGGCACGGGGACAGCGCGGUGGCUCCCGGUGGCCCCCGGUGGGGCCCGGCUCGCCCCGAGCCCCGCGCGGCUGCGGAUUAAAGAGCUGGAUCUUG